CACUCUUCCUUAGACCACCCAUGAGCUCAUAAUGCACCACAAACACACUUAACCCCAGCUAUUUACGGAGUGUUAGAUAUAAUCAAAGGAAAGGUUAUGGAGUCGGAAGCGCUGGAAUUGAAUGGAGAUGCUCACGGAGGAGCUCCAGGAGUGCGUCCUCGGCAGAGCCGCUGGUCAAGGAACGCCCCAAUUAACAUGAACCAUUACGCCAAUAAGAAGAGUGCAGCAGAGAGCAUGCUGGAUAUCGCACUGCUGAUGGCCAACGCCUCCCAGCUGAAGACCGUCCUGGAGGUGGGACCCUCUUCCUCCUUAUACAUUCCUCUCAUCAGCCUCAUCAGCAUCUCCCUCAUCCUACAGAUCAUCGUGGGGGUCUUGCUUAUCUUCAUAGUGAAGUGGAAUCUGAAUGACACAAGUAAACACUUCAUAUUGAAUCUUCUGGAGAACAUCGUCACAGCUCUCGUCUUUAUCAUCGUAGUAGUAAAUAUUUUCAUCACAGCAUUUGGCAUCCAAAGACCAGAGGACACAAAAACUUAACUGGCAACUGGUUACCUACAGGUAUAUAUAGUUGGACAUUUAUCAU